UGGCUACGCCAAGGCGUUGGAGGCGACGCCCAUCUGCUCUGCCUAUUCCUCCCUCCCAAUGCACUCCAAUCCCCGCUUUCCAUCCUUAAAUUCGACUCCUAUGUUCCUUAAUCCGAAACUAAUCGAAAGAUUUCGGGAUCUAUUCACGUCCGUGGCAAAAGUUUCGGUUCUUUUGGGUUGAUUACAUCCCGACGCUUGAAGAGAUCCGCAAAGUUGGUGCAUUUUUCCUGUUCUUGCGAAGAACUAAUCGGAAUCCACCGGAUCGGCGCUGAAAGGAGGGAUUUUUGGGAGCACCAAGCGGGAAUUAGAGAGAUUGAAGUGGAGGGUGCCGUUUGUUUUGGUAUUGGUGUUGCCUGUUCGUGGGUUUGUUCGAUGCUCGGAUCGAAAUGGGCGUGGAUUACUACAACAUAUUGAAGGUGAAUCGCAAUGCCACCGAUGAUGACCUCAGGAAGUCGUACCGGCGGCUGGCAAUGCGGUGGCACCCUGACAAGAACCCUAGCAAUAAGAAGGAGGCGGAGGCCAAAUUCAAGCAGAUGUCCGAGGCCUACGAGGUACUAAGUGAUCCUCAUAAACGGGCAAUAUAUGAUCAGCAUGGUGAAGAGGGCUUGAAGGGCAUGCCCCCUCCUGGUUCACAAAGUGCAGCAUCUAAUGGCUCGAGUGGUCCUAGUAACUUCCAGUUUAAUCCUCGGGAUGCUGAAGAUAUCUUUGCUGAAAUUUUUGGGAGCAGCAGCCCUUUUGGUUUUGAGUCUAUGAACCGUUCAAAGUCCGUGAGGUUCCAAAAAGAUGGAAGUGGAACUUUUGGUGGCUUUGGUAGGACAGAUAGCACCUACAGGUCAUAUGCUGAGGGAGCUGGUCCUAGUGGCAGCCAGACACGGAAAGCACCAGUUGUGGAGAACCAUCUGGUGUGCAGCCUUGAAGAUCUCUACAUGGGAUCAAAAAGAAAGAUGAAGAUAUCUAGAAAUGUCUCACGACCCAAUGGACGAUUGGUGCCAGAAACAGAGAUCUUAACAAUUGAAAUCAAGCCUGGAUGGAAAAAAGGCACCAAGAUAACUUUUCCUGGCAAAGGCAACGAGCAAGUGAACCAACUCCCAGCAGACCUUGUCUUUAUCAUUGAUGAGAAGCCGCAUGAUGUGUACAAGAGAGAUGGCAGUGAUCUCAUUGUUCACCAAGAGAUCUCACUGGUCGAUGCGCUCGCAGGGACCACAAUAAACCUCACAACCCUCGACGGGCGUGAUUUGGCAAUCAAUGUGAGUAAUGUAGUGUACCCUGGCCAUCAACUUAUUAUCACAGAGGAAGGGAUGCCAAUCGCGAAGGAGCCAGGGAAGAAGGGCAACUUAAUUAUCAAGUUUGAUGUGAAGUUCCCAUCUAGGUUGACGCCGCAGCAACAGGCAGAUAUCAGACGUGUUCUGGGAGCUUGAUCACGAAAAAUACAAGAUGUUUUCUUUGCAGAAAAGGCUUUCAUCGCCAAUCUCCAAACAAUCUACCAAAUUCUUGGUUCUUUUUUGUUUAUGGAAGUUGAACUUAUGUUCUUCGUUAGGUUAUCAAUCUCUGUUAUCUUUGUAACCCCAAGUUAAGGCAACAGUAGAUGUUGUUGGUAAAAGCUUAUCCUAUGUUGAUGUUUUUGACUGCAUUACAAGAACUGUAUCGGUUUUAA